AUGAGGGCUAAAGCCUCAGACAUGCACAGCAAGGACUGUGUCAAAGUGGCCGUCAGAGUCCGACCAUUCAACAAGAGAGAGAGGGAUGCAGGCAGCCACUGUGUCGUCUCCAUGGUGUCGAGCUCCAUCACCAUCCAGGACCCACGUGACUCUCAGAACCGGCGCUUGUUCUGCUUCGACUACGCCUACUGGUCCCACAGCGGCUUUGCACAGGACCGCCGUGGCCUGUUUGUGCCUGAAGAGCCAGGGGGACGAUAUGCUGACCAGGACAGUGUGUUCCAGGACCUGGGAGAAGGAAUACUGGAGAAUGCACUGCAGGGUUACAAUGCCACACUGUUGGCAUACGGGCAGACCGGCUCUGGAAAGAGUUACUCAAUGGUGGGCUAUGGGCCGAACAAAGGCCUGGUUCCUAAACUCUGUGACCGACUGUUUGAGGCCAUUAGAGAAAACCAGGAUACCAGACAGUGUCAGGUCUUUUUCAGUAUGAUGGAAAUCUAUAAUGAGCAGGUAAUUGACCUGUUGUCUCGGGGAUCUCGUACUCCAGCAGGGCUCAGAGUUAGAGAGGAGCAGCAACGAGGUUUCUAUGUGGAGGGUCUCCGUACAGUCCCCUGUGACAGCGCACCACAGGUGGAGCAGUUGAUGGAACAGGGAACCAGGACUCGAACCACAGCUGCCACUCACAUGAAUGCCAACAGUAGUCGCUCACACAUGCUGAUUAUCCUCCAGCUGAAACAGAUCUUUUCCAAGGAGAGCAUCACAAAGCAGUCCAACAUUAAUCUAGUUGACCUGGCUGGCAGUGAGCGUCAGCGGUCAUCCGGGUCAGAGGCUGACAGACUUAAAGAGGGCACGGCCAUCAACCUGAGCCUCACCACCCUGGGCAAUGUCAUCAGGUAGACCCGCUGUUUAAUUUAUGUUUUUCUUUUGAGUUUAUUCAUAUUUUAUAUAUCCUCUCCUCUCAUCUCCUCCAGUGCUCUUGCUGAUGUGGCGGUCGGGAAGAAGGUCAUCCAUAUUCCUUACAGAGACUCAGUUCUCACCAAGUUGCUGCAGUCUGCACUAGGAGGCAACAGUCGCACUGUUAUGAUUGCCACAUUGAGCCCUGCUGAUAUCUGCUACGAGGAGUCUCUCUCAACCCUGCGCUAUGCUGAGAGGGCAAAGCGUAUCCAGAACCGGGCAGUGGUGAACGAGAGCCCCACUGAGCGUCUUGUUAAAGAGCUGAAGGCAGAGAACGCCAGACUGCUACAGCGGCUGAGCCGGCUGGGCCAGGAGGGACGCAGAGCAAAUGACGAGACCAAGGAGCUUCGUCAGCUGUUGACCCACAAUGAGCUCCAGAUCAGAGCCAUUCAGACUCUAUGGGAACAACACCUGCAGGAGGCGCUGAAGGACUGGGAGCAACAGUAUGCUAAUAUCACACAGGAGAGGAGGAUGAUGCAGAUGCAUCCCUACAUCCUGAACAUCAAUGAGGAUGCUCAGCUGUCUGGGGUGGUCAAGCUUUUCAUCCAGGAGGGUGAUUGGGACAUUGGCCUGUGUGACUCCUCUCUGAGGUCCAUUUCUAUCAAGGGCCUAGGGAUUCAGGAGCGUCAUGCUGUGUUCAGGAAUGAACAGCGGCGGGUAACACUGACCCCGCAGCCAGGGUCAAAGGUCAUUGUCAAUGGCCAUGCUGUUUUCCAGACAACUGAGCUACAGCACCUGGACCGUCUUAUUCUUGGUUCCAACUGUACCUACCUGUUCAUUGGUUAUCCAUCUGAGAGGGGAGGGGAUGACUGGAGUCGCUACGACUACGACUACUUCCAGUCUGAACUGGCUGUUGCUGAGGGUAUCCACUUGGGUGAGUCCAACGCUACGUCCACUCAGACAGACCCCAGUCUGCUGGCAGUUUUCUACGACUACAUGAAACUGAUGCCCAUGGUGGCUGAAGCCAACCAGAUGAGCCAGGAGCUGAACAAGGGGGUAGAAUUUAAGUUAGAGAUCAAGAAUUUGGCGCUGUCAGAUUCAAAAGGUCACGAUCUGGAGAAAGAGAUUGUUGUCAGAGUCACCUCAGUGGGAAGAAAACAGGUAUGGAUGUGGUCCAAGGCCAAGUUUGUGAACCGUAAAUUCCUGAUGGAAGAAGUCUACCAGCAGCAUCAGGCUGAGCAGAAUGCAGACAGUAGAGUAGAGGGGGUGUUUAAAGCGGCAUUACCCAGAGAUAAAGACCCGUUCUGGGAUCCAGUGGAGCCUCUGCUGCUGGGCACCGCUCAUCUCUGGCUUCAGUCUUUGGCCUUCCGCAUCCCUCUGGAAGAGCAACUGGAGGUGCUGGGGUCAGAGGGCACAGAGGAGGCCAUUCUACAAGCACAGCUGGUUCCCUGCAACUCCACCGGACUACCACUUGGUGAAGAUGACAUCCUGAUCGACCCAUCUGAGUUACUGGGUCGACGACUGGACUUCCAGCUGUUCCUGGAACAGUGUUGUGGCCUGCGCUGGAUCAGAGAGGCCCGCAAUAGAGGGGUUCAAUUUGGUUUCAGGUUAUUUGACUGCAGCCAGCCUCUCUACACUCCAGCAGUGUGGCACAACUUCAACCCUCUGUUGGAUCACAGAGUCCACUUCGCCUCCCUCCACACCUCCCAACGUCUGCUGGACUACCUGCAGAGCAGUGCUGUCGUGCUGGAGCUCUGGGGCCUUCAAGACGGUUGCACAGAUUUGGCAUCUCCUCUGGAGGGAGUGAGGAUGACUACAGAGGGUGUGUUUAUCAUCGAUGAGGCAGGCACAACCAACACUGCAUCUGUACAUUCUGCAGAGCUCAGCUGUUCAGUGAGAGCUCUUCAACAGGACUUGGAGGACCUAAAGAGUGUUAAUGCUUCCCUGAGGAAAGAAAAUCAUAGUCUGAGAGAACAACUCAACACAGCCAGGAACGGUGGGGAUAGUGCGCGUGGACGGUCGGUGCGCCCCAGCUGCGAUGCAGAGUUUGCUCGUGCUCUCAAGGUUUUCUACCACAGUAUGACCUCAGUCAGGGGUCAGCUGCAGCGCCUGCGCAGACACAGGCCCAGUGAGGAGUCUGACCUGCUGGGGCUCAGACUCUUUAUAGAUGAGCAGAGUCGUCUGCUGAGAGACUUCUCAGAGCAGCUGGAACACAGCGUCUCCGCACUCAAACAAGAUGUAGCCGCCAUUGUCCGCCGGAAACGAGAGCGAUCAGGAAUCUGGUCUUGACUGAGGAACUGUUUACUGAUUUUAACAAAGUAUUAACAAGGUGAAUGUCUCUGGUCAUUUUCUAUUUUACAACACUGCAGACAUUUCUAAUGUGAAGAGUGUGCAGAAUAAAGAUACUGCCAUUUAUAAGUAGCCAUUUCUAAAAUCUCCACCAUGUUAAUUCUAAAACCACAACAUUAUGCCAUAUGGUCACUGAUCUUCAACUUUUAUGUUAUUGAUAUUUCCAAAAUCCUAAAAUAAGUUUACAAAUUAAUAUUAGUCACUUUAGU